AACUUCACAUGCAUCACAACAGAACAAAAAACUGUACUCUUUUCUGAGAACUUAACAGGAACUAUAUAUCUAAAGCCCCACUUUCUCAUUAUACUAUACAAACUCUCCCCUCCCUCUCUCUCUCUCUCUCUCUCUCUGCCUCUUUUCUUUUUUGGCUUUUUUCUCUUUCAAUAUCAUUUCUCUUAUAGGCUCUGCAAAAUGGCCCUUCUUUUUCCCCAAUCUCUUUCAUUUCAUCUUUUCAAGUCAUGUCUAACAAUUCUUUUUCUAGCUUUGUUUCAAUCCGACACAGCUUCCUCAGCUCUGAUAAUGAGCUUGAGGAACCACCAUAACCACCCACAACAUAGAAGGCCAAUGUUUCAAACAAACCAAAGUACUUGUGCAUUGUUUGCAGGCACUUGGGUUCGUGAUGAUACUUAUCCAUUGUACCAAUAUUCCAGCUGUCCAAUCAUAGAUGCAGGAUUCAACUGCCAAAUGAAUGGAAGACCUGAUUCUGAUUACCUGAAGUAUCGAUGGCAGCCUCUUAAUUGUCAGCUUCCAAGGUUCGAUGGACUUGUGUUUCUGUCGAAAAUGAGAGAGAAAAAUGUGAUGUUUGUUGGUGACUCUCUGGGAAGGAAUCAAUGGGAGUCUUUGAUUUGUAUGAUUUCAGCUGCAGCACCACAAACGCAGACUCAGAUGAUCAGAGGAGAUCCUCUCUCCACCUUCAAGUUCCUGGAAUAUGGUUUAUCGAUAUCAUUUCAUCGAGCUCCAUAUUUGGUAGACAUAGAUGUGGUUCAAGGGAGGAGAAUCCUGAAGUUAGAGGACAUAGCUGGAAAUGGAAACGCCUGGCGAAUGGCAGACGUGCUGUUAUUUAACACAGGCCACUGGUGGACUCAUAAAGGAUCCCUCCAAGGGUGGGAUUUGAUUGAAUCAGGGGGUAAGUAUUACCAAGACAUGGAUCGUUUGGUUGCUUUGGAGAAAGGGCUGAGAACAUGGGCCAAUUGGGUUGACACCAAUGUCGACAUAACGAGAACCAGGGUCUUUUUCCAGUCCAUUUCCCCUACACAUUACGAUCCAAGUGAAUGGAGUGCUGGAGCAACAGUGGCCUCCACGAAAAACUGUUAUGGAGAAACGACGCCAAUGACUGGAACCACGCACCCCGUCACAUACCCUGACCAGAUGAGAGUGGUGGAUGAAGCCAUUAGGGAAAUUCACUUCCCUGCAUAUUUGUUGGACAUAACCAUGCUUUCUGAGCUUAGGAAAGAUGGGCACCCUUCAAUUUACAGUGGUGAUUUAAGCCCUGUUCAGAGGGCUAACCCGGACCGGUCAGCUGAUUGUAGCCAUUGGUGCCUUCCUGGGUUGCCUGAUACCUGGAAUGAACUAUUCUAUACGGUAUUGUUCUAUUAGAUUGUAUGUGGUAUUCUUCAUUUUAUAAUUAAUUAUUACUAAUUUUGAUUA